UUAUAUGUGUGCCGACGGAGGGUUUCCAUGAAGCAAGCGAUCAGUUGAGUUAAGCGAAUAGCAAGGACUUCUCCUUUUAUAUGCCCAUUGCAUUGUGUAGACCACAUAUUUGCAGUCAAAAUGGCACUUAGGCUCUUCGCUUCUUCUGUUGCAAGGAGAUCUGUUAUGUUUACACGAGCUGCAGGUCUAUCUACUUCUAGAAUCGUCAAGCAAGCAGAUAACGCUACAAUUCCAACUGAUCUUGAGCAAGCAACAGGUGUAGAACGAAAAGAAUUAGAAGCAAUUCUUGCUGGAAAUCCGGAUCCUUUCAACUUAAACGUUAAAAAAGGUGUCCCUGGAACGUUAGAUGCACCAACAUUGGUACCUUCUAUGUACGAAGAAAGAAUAAUUGGCUGCGUGUGUGAAGAGGAUUCAACGACUAUAUCUUGGAUGUGGUUAAAGAAAGGUCCAGCAGUACGUUGUAAAUGCGGGAACUUCUUCCAACUUGUACCUGGCAAAAGCAACGCACUUGCCGAUUGAUGUUAGAGUUUUACUGUUUAUAAAUGCAAUUAUCGAAUAUUGUCUGAAAAUAUUGACGUUGACACCUUCCGUUCGUA